GCCACUGCGCGAUUGCGACAUUUCCGACAGUCGCUGAAGGCGGCAUUAGCUCCAUCCAGGAGAGCGCAGCAUCUGUAGUACAGUUGUUGAGUGGAGACGGCCGACACCACAGCAAAAGACACUGGAGCUUGGUCGUCGUCAGAAGUUAGUCGUUUUCCUGCUAAUCUGGAUCCUGGGAAUUUCGUAAACAACAGGCAUCAUGGCGGAAGCCCACCAGGCGGUGGCCUUCCAGUUCACGGUCACGCGAGAGGGCAUUGACCUGCAGCUGUCCCACCAGGCCCUCACUGAGAUCUACCUCUCCGGUGUGCGCUCGUGGAAGAAGCGUAUAAUCGGACUCAAGAACAGCGUGAUAACGGGGGUAUAUCCUGCCAGUCCUUCCUCCUGGCUUUUUGUGGUCAUAGCAAUCCUGGCUACUAUGUACACACGCUCCGACCCCUCCAUGGGACUCAUAGCCAAGAUACAGGAGCACCUGCCAGUCAGCCAGUCUAUGAGCACCCAGUUCCAGACGUUGGUGUCAGCAGUGCUUUUCAGUACCAUGCUAUGGCUCUUGCUCAUCUUCACCAUGCGCAUGUGCCUCAAGAAGCUGCUCUCCUAUCACCGCUGGAUGUUCGAGAAGCACGGCAAGAUGUCCACCACCACCAAAGUCUGGGUGGCUCUAGUGCGGAUCUUCUCUGGCAGAAAGCCUCUGCUCUACAGCUACCAGGGUUCGUUGCCAAACCUGCCUGUGCCUGCCAUCAAGGACACAGUCAAGAGGCACCUGGAAUCAGUGCGUCCGCUGAUGGAUGAUAGGGAGUAUGAACACAUGACCAAGCUGGCGGCAGAGUUUGAGAGCAGCCUCGGCAACCGCCUGCAGUGGUACCUCAAACUCAAAGCUCUCUGGUCCACCAACUACGUAAGUGACUGGUGGGAGGAAUAUGUCUAUCUACGUGGACGUGGCCCAAUAAUGGUCAACAGUAACUAUUUUGGCAUGGACUUCAUGUAUGUGACGCCCACACCCAUCCAGGCAGCCAGGGCGGGCAACAGCCUUCACGCAUUCUUCCUAUACCGCCGCAAACUCAACAAAGAAGAGCUUAAACCUAACCGUAUACCAGGCACUGUCAUUCCUCUGUGUUCAGCUCAGUGUGAGAGGCUUUUCAACAGCACACGCAUUCCUGGAGAGGAGACGGACACGGUGCAACAUUGGCAGGACAGUGACUACAUAGCGGUAUACCACAGGGGUCGCUACUUUCGUCUAAGGGUGUACCAGGCAGGCAGACUCCUGUCGCCCAGGGAGAUCGAAUUCCAAAUUCAGAGGAUCCUUGAUGACCCUUCACCUCCUUCCAAAGGAGAGGCCAAACUGGGGGCCCUGACCGCUGGAGACAGAAUUCCAUGGGCUAAAGCCAGGGGGAAGUAUUUCAGCAGUGGGGUCAACAAACGCUCCCUGGACUGCAUAGAGAAAGCGUCCUUCUUUGUGUCCCUGGAUGAUGACGAAGACGGCGUGACGGCAGAUGACCCGGCCAGUCUGGAUUCCUACGCCAAAUCCUUGUUGCAUGGGAAAUGUUACGACAGGUGGUUUGACAAGUCCUUCACAAUCAUUUACUUCAAGAAUGGAAAAAUGGGUAUCAACGCAGAGCACUCGUGGGCUGAUGCCCCGGUGGUGUCACACUUAUGGCAGCACGCCUUGUCCACAGACUGUUUCCAGCUCGGUUACAAUGCAGAGGGUCACUGCAAAGGAGAAGUGGAUUCAUCACUACCACGACCACAGAAGCUGAACUGGGAAAUCCCUCCAGAAUGUGAGGAGCAGAUCUCCCAGUCUCUAGCAGUGGCCCAGGCCCUGGCUAGCGAUGUGGACUUGCACGUUUUUUCCUUCCAAGACUUUGGCAAAGGAAAGGUCAAGAAGUGUCGAGUCAGUCCAGAUGCCUUCAUUCAGAUGGCUCUUCAGUUGGCCUACUACAGGGACCAGGGGAGAUUCUGUUUGACGUACGAAGCCUCCAUGACGCGUCUGUUCAGGGAGGGCAGGACAGAGACUGUUCGCUCCUGUAGCAAUGAGAGCAGUGCCUUCAUCCGGGCGCUGGAGGGUGGAGAGGCAGCAGAUGUGUGCAGGCGUUUGUUCCACGAAGCGACAGAAAAGCACCAGCAUUUAUACCGCUUGGCAAUGACCGGAGCUGGCAUCGACAGACACCUGUUUUGCCUCUAUGUGAUGUCCAAAUACCUCGGAGUGGAGUCUCCUUUCUUGAAAGAGGUGCAGUCCGAGCCGUGGCGGCUGUCCACCAGUCAGUCACCAAUGCAUGUGGAGAUGUUUGACCUCGUCAAUCACCCAGAGUACGUCAGCUGUGGAGGGGGCUUUGGACCGGUGGCUGAUGACGGUUAUGGGGUGUCCUACUCUGUUUUGGGAGAGAACAUCUUGUGCUUCAACAUUGCGUGCAAGAUCUCAUGUAAAGACACUUCAGCCCAUAAGUUUGGUGCACAAAUCAGAAAAGCCCUGCGCGACCUGCUGCAGCUGCUGAUCCCCAACCAAACAGAGUUCAAGACAGAGGAGAAGCGGCCAGAGAUCAAGAAAGACCUGUAGUCGGUUACUCCGGAGAAAAGGAUGCUAAAGGGAAGGUGUACAAGUGUAAAUCUUACACUAUGAAGUAAGGAAAGCCCGGUUUAUUUUCCCUCAUGCAUUUGGAGAAUUUGAUAGCCACACAGAGGAUUUUCCAGUGACAGCUCAAUGGGGGAACUGAUAAAACGGAGGCGAUGUUUUUACUAAUAUGCAUCUAUAUUUGUGUGUGUCUAUUGUCCGGGUGAUAGGUGUGUGAGAAGGAAAAAGGUCCAUGGAUUAACAAGAAGUGUUACUCAAGUACAUUAAGGUUUAUGCGUUUAGUUUUAACAGUCAAACCUUUGGAAGAUAUGUUAGUUAUUUAUUUUUUUUUUACAUGUUUUGAUUAUAAUAAAAAGGCCAGUACAUAUUCCAGCACUCAAGGUUAGGGUAGAAAUUGCUAAACACUUAGUAAUUUAAAAUCAAUUCAAGUGCAUUAUGUUUUGACACCACUAAGUGUGCCACACUGUUUGUGCCACUAAUUCUCUGUUAAAUUUGUUUUAUAGCGUAUGAUGCAUUUAUCCUCUCAGCGCAGUAGCUCAGAGAGGAAACAUGCAGGGUUCUUCGGAUUCUACCAUCUAAAUGCAACAUUGCUGUAACGAUGAAGCCACAUAUUUUAAAAUCUCGGAAGUCUGUGACUUCUCAGUGUUUACUUAUUAUGUAUAAAUCUGCUUUCUACAAAAAACAACAUGAUUGUAAUGCUGUGCUGAGAGUACCCGGCUGUUUAUACAGGAAACAGCAGUAGGGAAAUGACAUUGCUCUACUUAAUUCAGGUUGGCAUUACUCUUUGACUGGUGUUAUAUUCAGUGCCAGCUCACCCAGGCUGUAUUCUCUAUUUCAUGGUUUUAAACAUAUUAAAAAUGUGCAUACAAAUAAUGUAGGUCAGUUUAUUGUUCACUGGUCAGUAGGAUUUUCUGUUAUGAACUCCAGUUAUUUCACUGCCUCUAUAAAUCUGUUUUGUAAUUAUUAUUACCACUGGAUUAUUAAAGAAGUGUCGUAACAAUGCAAGCUAUAUUUAUGAACGUCAUGUUUAGGUAUUCAGUCGUGAGCAGUGUUGCAGGUCAGAUGGUACCAGUGACACAGAAUCCUAUUAUUCUUUAUUGAUUAUUGCCUUUUUGGUUUUCAUUUGAGCUUGUCUUGUUGUAUUAAUAUGAUCAGCAUUUGUAAUGCAAUAUUAUGGGGGCACAUAAAGUCAUUCUU